ACGACCGCGCGCGUCUUCGCGGCCCAGAAGCCAAAGCCCAAGGCCAAGGCCGCCAAGGCCGUGCAAACCAACCCCGAAGACGCGCUGCCGCUCGACGAAGCAAUCCGCGUGCUGCGCGCCCUCGAAAUCGCCUCCCCCCACUCAGCCUUCAACAUGGAAGUCGCGACCAAGCACAACAAGCCUAACGCGCCGCCGCUGCGUGGACGCAUCUCGCUGCCGCACGACCCGCGCCGUGUCGCCGAUACCAUCGUCGUCUUCGCCGAGGCCGACUCGCCCGCCGCGAACGCCGCGCGCGAGGCCGGCGCACACAUCGUCGGCGGCCAAGACCUCUUCCCCAAGAUCCUCGGCGGCGAGAUCGUGCCCACAAAGUGUCUUGCUACGGCCGGUAUGAUGCCGCUCGUCAGCGCGUCGCUCGCUCGUUUCCUCGGUCCAAAGGGGUUGAUGCCGAACAUGAAGCGCGGGACCGUCGGCGAAGGCGUCGAGUUGGGACGCCUCGUCGAGGAGGCUGGUGGCUCCAUCGAGUGGAAGGCCAACAAGCUUGGUACAGUCAAGGCACCCGUCGGCAGGAUGACCUUUGCCGCCGCCGACAUCACCCAGAACGUCCGCCUGUUCAUGGACCACAUCCGCGAUCAGUCCGUCAAGCUCUCAAACUCUGAAUCUGCCUUGGCGCGCGUCAACAAGGCCGGCAAGCUCACUCGCGUGCGCAUCGAGACUACCCAGGGGCCGAGUAUCGAGAUCAAGGACAUGAUCUAGACUCGGUGGUUGGUAUACGCACAUCUCAGCAUUAU